AUGGACGCCAAUUCCACAUCUCCCGUCCCGCAAUCGAGAACACAGCCCUCAAUACGAUCCUUCUUCCAGCCCCGGUCCCCAAAUUAUGCACCACCUCCUGGGACAGCUACAAGACAACCACAACCACACAUACAACCUCCAAAUUCGACCUCUCAAAUACCAACAUCAUCACCUCCACCUCCACCUCCAACCCCAGCAUUACCAGCCGAAGCAACCAUCUCCCAAAUCACCGAACACCACAUCCAACCCCUCCGCCGCAUCAACUCCCUCCUCCUACCAAUCCCCUACCCCGAUUCCUUCUACGCCAGCAUCCUCACUGCGCCCCCCAUCAUCCAUACCAUCAUUCUCCCCGCACAAUAA